AGGAAGCGACAGGAUAAAUUGGAUGUUGCAAUUGUUUCAUACAAUGGUCAGGAGAAACCAGGCCCUUUCUUGAAGAAAGAAUCAAAGUAACGCAAUGCUCUUCUUUUUCUCAUGCAAAGAAGUUAAGUUUUGUUGCUCGUGAUAGUUGAGUUGGAAUUUGACGAAUAAAAUCGAUUCUGUAAUUAGUUCACAGAGUUAUAUUAUUAGAUUCUUGCAUAAAUACAAUAAUAGACAGAAACCAUAAUGGAUUUCGAAGAUAUUCUCAAGGAUGUUGGCGGGUUUGGCCUUUACCAAAAAAUCUUAGUAGCUGGCUUCCUUAUACCCUCCUUCAUCGUCAUUCCAUGGUUCUCUAUGAACUCCAUCUUUCUCAACAACAGUCCUGACCACUGGUGCUACGUACCAGAGGUAGCCAAUUCGAACCUGUCCCUUGAAACCCAGAAGUAUCUGAUCCGACCAAUAGAAGACAGGUAUUGUACCAGAUAUGAUGUGGAUUACUCUGAAAUUUUGAACUCUGGUAACAUUACCGUCAACCAAUCAUGGCCCACGACGGAAUGCGAUAGUGGCUGGCAAUUCGACCAGACAAACUAUGAUGCAACUUCAGUAACAAGGUGGAACAUGGUGUGCAAAGACGGACACUUCAGCAGCCUGGUUAUGAGUCUGAUCUUCAUCGGUGACGUUAUCGGAACCCCUCUCUAUGGAUUCCUUUCUGACAAGUGGGGCCGAAAGCCAACUUUUCUCUUCAUGGCCUUGAUACUUUCCCUGUCAGAUAUAGGAUCUACCCUCAGUCCAGAUUUCACUUUGUUCCUCGUACUUAGAGCUGUCAACGGGGCUUGUAUGUCAACAGUUUACAGCGUCGGAUAUAUCAUACUUCUCGAAUUGGUAAAUCCAAGUAUGCGGGCUCGAAUGAAUGGCGUAGCAACAACUUCUUGGACUACUGGCUUGUGUCUUUUACCUCUGAUUGCCUAUCUGACAAGACACUGGGUUCGACUAAGUAUUGUAACCUCUUGUACGGCAGCGUCUUUGUUGCUCUAUUGGAAGAUUUUGCCGGAAUCUCCUAGCUGGUUGAUAUCUCAGGAAAGGUAUGAAGAUGCAGCAUCUAUCAUGGGCAAAAUCAGUAAAAUGAACGGACGAAAGGCACAUGAAGGAACCUUCCUCUUAGAAAAAAUUCAGAGAUUUGGAGAAAUAGAGAAAAAGAAGAAAGCUUCAGGUGAAGAAAAAGCUUCUCCUCUUGAUUUCUUCAGAUAUCCGACUUUAAGAAAGAGAUUCUUGCUAAUCACAAUUUGUUGGGUGGGCAACUCCAUUCCCUACUUUGGUCUCCAAAUGAAUGUGAAAAAUCUGACUGGAAACGAAUUCUUCAAUUUCUUCUUGAUUUCUCUGAUUGAAGUGCCAGCUCAUUUCUCAACGUGGCUCUUCAUGGAACGCAUAGGAAGAAGAUGGUGUUCUGUUGGCGCUUUCACCUUGUCCACUUUUGCUUGUUUCCUUCCGGUUGUGUUCCCGCCAGAGUAUGCUAAUGUGGGUGUAAUAGCAUCUCUUCUGGCAAAAGCCGGUACCAGUUCUGCCUUCAUGACUCUGUACCAGCAGGGACCUGAGAUCUUCCCGACAUCUUUGAGAGGCGUUGGUCUAGGAAUGGCCUGCACUAUUGGAACCGGAUCGACACUUUUUGUUCCGUACAUUGUUUAUUUGUCAAGAUAUGGAUUCUGUAUUCCUUUCCUGAUAUUCGCUGUGAUCAGUUUCAUUUCUGCCAUAUGUGCCAUGUUCUUGCCAGAGACUCUCAACAAGAAGCUUCCACAGACAGUUGAAGAUGCGGAAAGUUUCCAGAGCACCCAAAAAUUCUGUUCUUGCUCAACCGUAGAUACGGAUGAUGAAGAAGACGUAGAAUCUCCAAAAUCUCCAAAGUUGAGUACAUGGACACCCAGGACCCUCUCUGCUAUAGAUUUGUAUUCUCUCAAGGAUAUAACUGAUCUUAAUAAUCCCAAGAAAUUGUCAGAAGUUACAGAAAGGACUGCUAACGGAUCCUUAACCGAAGUACCAGCAGUUAUAACCAAACAGUAGAGUUGCAAGAAAAAGUGUCUAAAAAUCGACUGCCAUGUCACAAAUCAUUAAACAAUGAAAGUAUGUGUAUGGUUUCAUCGUUAACCCAUUGUAUAAAAAUCCUCAUUUAAGGCGGCAGAUGUCGAUAUGGAAGAACUAUUUUUUUUUU